CCGGGCCUGAGCCGCGCCCCGCGCCCUCCCGCUCCCGGGGCGCGCGGCGAGGGGCCCUGGCGGCGAGGUGGAGCCGCGGGCACCAGCCGCUCCCCCGCCCUGCGCCGCCCCUCCCCCGCCUCCUCCCGGUCCUGUCUCCAGCGGGAGCGCGAGACGCUGGUCAGGCUCCGGCGCAGCUCGAAAAUGAACAAUCGCCGCGGGCGGACCUAGACACCGCCGCCGGUCCGCGCGCGGGGUCGCGGGCGUGCUUCGUCCUCCCUCCCACCCCCCCGAAAAGAGCAUCGCAACAAAAAGCCAGCCAGCCAACCAAGACUCUGGUUUGUUGAUCGCCUUGUUUCUUUUUUUUUUUUCUUUUCUUUUUUCUUUUUUUUUUUUUCACCGCUUGCGGGAUUCGCAAACCGCGUUACAUGCAUGUCCAGUGGGGGUAGGUUUAAUUUUGACGAUGGAGGGUCCUACUGCGGAGGCUGGGAGGACGGCAAGGCGCACGGCCAUGGCGUCUGCACCGGCCCGAAGGGCCAGGGCGAAUACACCGGCUCCUGGAGCCACGGCUUUGAGGUGCUGGGCGUCUACACCUGGCCAAGCGGCAACACGUACCAAGGCACCUGGGCGCAGGGCAAGCGCCACGGCAUCGGCCUGGAGAGCAAGGGGAAGUGGGUGUACAAGGGCGAGUGGACGCACGGAUUUAAGGGGCGCUACGGGGUGCGGGAGUGCACGGGCAACGGAGCCAAAUACGAAGGGACCUGGAGCAACGGACUGCAGGAUGGUUAUGGCACGGAGACCUACUCGGAUGGAGGGACGUACCAGGGCCAAUGGGUUGGUGGCAUGCGCCAGGGCUACGGUGUGCGGCAGAGUGUCCCUUAUGGCAUGGCCGCAGUCAUCCGCUCGCCCCUGAGGACGUCCAUCAACUCCCUGCGCAGCGAGCACACCAACGGGGCAGCGCUGCACCCGGAUGCCUCCCCGGCAGUGGCCGGCAGCCCGGCUGUGUCCCGUGGUGGCUUCGUGCUGGUGGCCCACAGUGACUCGGAGAUCCUGAAGAACAAGAAGAAGGGACUGUUCCGGCGCUCGCUGCUGAGCGGCCUGAAGCUGCGCAAGUCUGAGUCCAAGAGCAGCCUGGCCAGCCAGCGCAGUAAGCAGAGCUCCUUCCGCAGUGAGGCGGGGAUGAGCACCGUGAGCUCCACAGCCAGUGACAUCCACUCCACCAUCAGCCUGGGCGAGGCCGAGGCUGAGCUGGCCGUCAUUGAGGACGACAUUGAUGCCACAACCACUGAAACCUAUGUGGGUGAAUGGAAGAAUGACAAACGCUCGGGCUUCGGUGUGAGCCAGCGCUCGGAUGGGCUCAAGUAUGAGGGCGAGUGGGUCAGCAACCGCCGGCAUGGUUACGGGUGCAUGACUUUCCCGGAUGGCACCAAGGAGGAGGGGAAAUACAAGCAGAACGUGCUCGUGAGUGGCAAGCGUAAGAACCUCAUCCCACUGCGUGCCAGCAAGAUCCGGGAGAAGGUGGACCGGGCCGUGGAGGCAGCAGAGAGGGCGGCCACCAUCGCCAAGCAGAAAGCCGAGAUCGCUGCGUCCAGGACCUCCCACUCACGGGCCAAGGCUGAGGCAGCACUUACUGCAGCUCAGAAAGCCCAGGAGGAAGCGCGGAUCGCCAGGAUCACUGCCAAAGAGUUCUCUCCCUCCUUCCAGCACAGGGAAAAUGGGCUUGAGUACCAGAGGCCAAAGCACCAGAUGUCCUGCGAUGACAUCGAGGUGCUCUCCACCGGGACACCCCUGCAGCAGGAGAGCCCUGAGCUGUACCGAAAGGGCACUACCCCUUCUGAUCUGACCCCAGACGACAGUCCCCUGCAGAGCUUUCCCGCCAGCCCCACAUCUACCCCUCCGCCAGCUCCUGUCUCCAGGACCAAGAUGGCCCACUUCUCCAGGCAGGUCUCCGUGGAUGAGGAGCGAAGUGGGGACAUCCAGAUGCUCCUUGAGGGCCGCGGAGGGGACUAUGCCCGCAACAGCUGGGGCGAGGAGAAGGCUGGGGCCUCUAGGGGUGUCCGCAGCGGUGCCCUACGCAGCGGCCAGCCCAGUGAGGACUUCCGCACCCGGGGCUCAGGCCACAAGCAGCCUGGGAACCCCAAGCCCCGGGAGCGGCGGACGGAGUCCCCCACCACGUUCUCGUGGACUUCUCACCACCGGGCAGGCAAUCCUUGUUCUGGGGGCCCCAAGCUGCUUGAGCCAGAUGAGGAGCAGCUGAGCAACUACAAGCUGGAGAUGAAGCCCUUACUAAGGAUGGAUGCCUGUCCACAGGAUACGCACCCACAGAGACGGCGUCACAGUCGGGGUUCUGGGGGAGACCGGCGCUCUGAGGACCGGGGCUUUGGGCUACAGAGACUGAGGUCCAAGUCCCAGAACAAGGAGAACCUCAGGCCAGCCUCCUCUGCAGAACCCACGGUGCAGAAACUAGAGAGCCUGCGGCUGGGGGACCGGCCCGAGCCCCGUCUGCUGCGUUGGGACCUGACCUUCUCCCCACCACAGAAGUCCCUGCCUGUUGCACUCGAGUCUGACGAAGAGACUGGGGACGAGCUCAAGUCCAGCACGGGCUCAGCUCCCAUCUUGGUCGUCAUGGUGAUCCUGCUCAACAUCGGAGUCGCCAUUUUGUUUAUUAACUUUUUCAUCUGACAAGAUUGUUGUGACCACGGAAGCGAUGAUGUACAAAGGGGACGUUAAAAGCAAAACAUGAAGGGGAAUCCUGAUUCGGACAGCCCCACGACUCCUGUCCUUCCACAGAGCAACAACAUGAUUGGGUAUCAAUCACAGUUUGCCUUUUUUUCUGGGUAAUGUUUUUUUGGAUUUUAGCCAAAAUUCUUUGCUUGUAUAACACGAUGCUGUGUAGCAUGGUAGGAGGAGGCCGGCAUGCCACCCCUCCAGCUUGGUAUGAACGGGUCCUGGCAAACCAGCGGCCAAAAGAUUGGGACCUUCAUGUUUCUUGCCAGGUGUGGAAGGUGGCGCCUUGACCAGGGUGCCCGGCGAGCCGGGAGAGGGGGAGGGCAGCCAGGGAGUGCAGCUGUGCAAGGCGAGUAGCUGGGAGUGUGGGCCCAGGCCCAGGGACAGGGUGUCGUGGCCUCUGUCUCCAUGGAGUCUGUGCUGCAUACCUGUGGAGGGAGAGGGAAGCCCCUGCUCUUCUUCCCAGAACAGACCAUGAUCCCUCUUCUCGGCACUGCCCAACGGCUCUCCUAAGGAGGCCGCCUCCCAACACUGAGUCUUAAGGCAAAGUCUGUUCCCUGCUGUCCUCCGCUCACUCAUUGUUGGCCCUGUCCAGCCAUCCUCCCUCCAGACCCAGGGAGGCCAUGCUGCAGACGUCCAGGGCUUACCCCGAUCUGGCCAGGCACAUCUGAGCCCUGAUGCCAAGGGGACUAUGGCCCACAUGCCCCGGACAGCCUGACAGCACGCCUGGGCUGAGCAUGUGGCGUUUUGCACCUAGUAUGCAGGAUGUAUAUUCAGGCUUCCGUGUCCCUGGCAGUGACGCCCCAUGGAGGACGUCACCUCUCACUGACCUCCACGGGGUCUCACAUCUUUGCACUGUGCCUGCCUCGACUUCCCCUAACAGAUAUGCAUAUUCCCUCCAGAUGCCUCAGAGCUACUCCAGAGAGUCUGGUCCCGGGACAGGAAUGUGGUUGAAGCCAGUGGCUUGAAUGUCCUGGACACUGUUGCAUACCCAGCACUCCCGGAUGUACAAUGUAACUUGUUUCAGUCAAACAACAGGUUCCUCAUGUCUCUGCCUUCUCUACCAGGGUUGUUCCCUCAUCCAAACAAAUGAACAAGGGAUGCCAGCUCGCCUGGCACCUGUGGCUCCGUCAGUCUCCUUGGGUGCAGCCCGUCUGUCUUAUGGACUCCGCCUUGCUUUGCUCGUGUUCUCUGCUACCUUUCGAGCAGAUUUCUUUACUACAGUGCACUGGAUUGCUAUAUUUUUAACCAGAAAUAAACUACAGAUUAGAGCAUGUUCCAGCGACACUCAGCUUUGUUGUUUCCGUUAUCCACGCUGUUCCCUAUUCACCACCUGUCCCUCCUCCAAGCUGGUUUGGAUCGGGGGUUGAAGGGGAGAGGUUCAGCAGGUGACCCGAUGCAUUUCUGGUUUCUAAAGGGUUCCAUCUUUUUGUACAGCGUACUUUUCCGUUCACCUUUUUUAAUAUCAAGUGGUUGCUGCAGAUCUGGCGUGAACCAAAUAAAGAUUCCUGCUGUUUGCAGCCAUGAGAGCCGUCCAUACUGGGCUAUGUGAAUUGUAUUUGUCUGCAGACACGUUCAAUGUGCAUCCCAGAAGGUUCUUGCCCAUCAGGGUGCCUACUCACAUCACUUGACACACACAUGCACACACGCACGCACAAAGUGCAGCCUAAACAUGCUUAAGGGGCUCUGGCAGAGGAUGGUGCCCAUCCACUUCACUUGCUAGGAGUGAUGUUACUAUAGCCCAGAGUCCACAGCCUGGUAUUCCACUGGCAGCUUGUAGCGGCGCAGCAGAGUGGGUUCUAGGCAGAACUGAUGGAGACUGAACACACCAGAUCCUGGGGGAGCCAACACGCUGGUCAGCAGGGAAGGGGACACUUUGCUGCAGCCUGUGGCUACUGUUCUCCCCUGCAGAGCCUGCCUCCUCUCUGAAGGUGUAGUCAAUGCAGUAUGUUGAGCAAGACGAGGAUGGUAGCUGGUGGGGACAGGACAGUGUCACUCUGGCUCCCAGGCACACCAUGUGUAAUGAGUUUUAACUGAGAUCCAGCCCAGCCUUAGAAGACACACUUUUUGCAGACUGAAGAGAAAUCCUUCCUGGACACCCAAGGCCCUUGGUACCUGCAACAUGGCUGCACAGCUGUUGCGCAUUGAGUCCUGCAUGCUGCAGACUCAUUCUUGCACAUAUGGAGUGCAUGGAUGAGUCCAGGCACCACAAUACCAAGUCCAAGUAGUCCCAAAGUCACACACCAGGCAGAGCACAGAGCACAGGCUAACUGGUCAUGACGGUGGUGGUGGUGGUCAGAAAUUCCACAGCUACCACAAUGCAAGGGCCAUACAGGACCUCAGGCACUACAGACAGCAGACUGCUUCCCAUGAAAGUCUCUGCUUUGAACUUAUAGACACCCAACAAAAAGCUCCUCCACAGCCUGUGGUCAUUUGUGGCCAGGUUGGUACCCAGGGCAAGCAGAGGACAGCCACAUAUCCCACUUCCAGCGUGUCCCCACUCACUGGACAAACAGGUCCAAUUUAGACAGAACAUACAUAGGGCCACCCUCAGGGAGACUGAAGACACUGCUGGGAGCCCAGAGUGCUCAAAGGCCCAGUGAUGAGGAGACAAGAGGUUCUGGGGUACUAUCCUUCCUAAUUUAAGUUUGUGGUUGUCCUUCAAAGAUUUUGAAUGGCUAGACCAUUCUUCUAGGCAGUAACCCCUGCACAGAUAUCUGACACAUCCUAGCAUAUAUCUGCAUAGCCCUGCUCCAAAGGCCUCGUAGCUGCUUAUGCCAUCCCCUCUGUGACAUUCUGUAAGAGGAUGUGGGAUGUUACAUUAUCUUCAGGUUAAGCUCAGUUUUACUGGCUCUUCCUGCUCGUGUCUUUCUCUAUAGCAGCCUCUGGUUGUGAAGCUCAGCACAAAUUCCUAUUCCAGCAUGUCUCCACAUCGUGCAGGCAGCUGACAGCCACACAGGCCACUUCCUGACACCAAACAGCCCUGCGCCAUCUCUUCACCAUUACAGUGGGUGAGCAUCCAGAAGGGUUUGUGAGCCCUUAGCUCUGCUGUCUCGCCAAGGUCCAGCUACAGGCCAAGCACACACCAGGACAACCAAGUGUCCCUAAGUGCCAAGAACUUUCUGUCCUAUGUAUCCUGGCAUUCAAAGAAGAAAACAUAUAGCUGUCUUUGUUCAAACAAAUGGCUAAGCUGCCUUCCAGUCUGAAUACUGGGAACAAGCCCGCAAGACCCAAGCCUUCCCCUUCUGAGGCGUGAGACAAGGCCUACCUGGCAGCGCAUGAACAAAGCAUGGGGCGGGGCAGGAAGGGAUGACCCUCAAGGGCAGUGACAGAGUCCUCGUGUGGCUGAGUGCUCUCCAGACUGUAGCACAGGCUGCUCUUGGAGUCUGCUUUUUCACACCUUCCUUAAUAUGGCCAGGGCUAAAGUGUACACUAGGCAGUCUCUUGACUCAGCUCCUUCCUAAACUCACUAGGACUCACUAGAACUACAUGAAGGGGGAAUGGGUACACUCCACAGGGGGUGGGCUGGGGGGAACACAGGCCAAGUAUUUCCAAGAACAGGCAAGGCAGCCAGCCACCUCACAACUACCUCACUUCUGGGAUGGCCUUUAGCCUGUCCACCCCAGACCACAGGUCAAGAUGCAAACACCUAUCUAUAGGGUAAAAACACUUCACACUAUCACAGAGUCAUCCUGGCCUUUGACCUCCCACACACAGCUGCAGGUAGGCCUCAGCUGGAUGUUGGUCCCCUCCUGUGUCGGCAUGCCUGCUAGCAUGCUGCUCUCUGUCUACCUUGAAGACCUUGUCUCAAUUCUGGUGAAGGUCAGCCUAAAGCCAGAGCUGUCUCUUCAAGGGUGAUGUCUGGGGCUGCCUCCCCACCCCACCCCACACCCCUGCACUGUGUAGACGUGGAAAUAAGUAUAAGCCGUGGGGUACAGGUCAACCUUUCCCACCAAAGGGGCUCUAUUCUCUCCCUCGGCCAACAUCCACUUUAAGUAGGGAUGUCCCACCAACUUAACCUCCAACAAAAGGCUCUUGUAGAUUGUUCUGAAUCCACAAGGCAGAUACUAAUACCAUGCUACCAUGGUACCUGCUGAUACUAUGCAGGGUGGGUAAGCAGUCACUGGAUAUAGGCUGAAUACGCAGGACACAGCGGGUAGCAUGACGUGGUGUACAGACAGCACCAUCACAAGGCCCAAUGUCCAGCAAGUCCCUGUUGCUCAUAAGACCCACAGCCUGCGCACUGCCCACUGGGAGCAGCUGUAGCUGCACAAGCCCAUGCAGCUGUAGCCAUCAGAACCUACAGCUGAAGACAGGGCUACAGACAACACCCUCAUCCUCAGUGGCUCUCUGGGUUGGCAUUCCUGGCUCUGCUACUGCAGGCCCCCUCCCUUCCAGCAGGCCAAUCCUGAAUGUUCUAGCAGGAGCCUGCUGCUGACACCAUUCACCACUCCCAAAGGAAAGCCACCCAGAUGACCCGAGGACUCUGCUGAGCUUCACGUGGCAAGGACACUGCUGUGGAUGCCUUUGUGUGACUGCGUCAACAGUCAUUUGCUUUACCUUUUUCUGAUCUUUUUUCUCUUGGUGCAUGUAAACCACUCAUUAAUGAGACUGCUUUGCGAGUGAGAAGGGGCUGUCACCCGAGUUCCCUCCAGCGAGUUAGCUGUUCUUGCCUUGGUCUCUUUAGUUGGAAACAGCUUGGUUCAUCAAAAACUGGAAACAAAUCCUCUCUAAUGAAUGUAACUUUAAAUCAGAUUUCACACCUGAAGCAAGGGACACUCAGAUUCAGAUUCCUCUGCUCCUUUACUCAAUAAACUCAUUUAAAA